AUGUUGGAGGAGGAGUGCUGUGAGGAGCCUGCAGUUCGCUCAAAAGAGAAGGAAACGCAGGUCCCUCAAGGUACUCAGAAAUAUGACAAGACAUGUGCACGCCAGUAUGACAAGACAACGUGUGCAUGCCAGUAUGACAAGACACCAUGUGCACGCCAGUAUGACAAGACAACAUGUGCAUGCCAGUAUGACAAGACAACAUGUGCAUGCCAGUAUGACAAGACAACGUGUGCACGCCAGUAUGACAAGACAACAUGUGCAUGCCAGUAUGACAAGACAACAUGUGCAUGCCAGUAUGACAAGACAACAUGUGCAUGCCAGUAUGACAAGACAUGUGCACGCCAGUAUGACAAGACAACAUGUGCAUGCCAGUAUGACAAGACAUGUGCACGCCAGUAUGACAAGACAACAUGUGCAUGCCAGUAUGACAAGACAUGUGCACGCCAGUAUGACAAGACAACGUGUGCAUGCCAGUAUGACAAGACAACGUGUGCACGCCAGUAUGACAAGACACCAUGUGCACGCCAGUAUGACAAGACACCAUGUGCAUGCCAGUAUGACAAGACAACAUGUGCACGCCAGUAUGACAAGACAACAUGUGCACGCCAGUAUGACAAGACAACAUGUGCAUGCCAGUAUGACAAGACACCAUGUGCACGCCAGUAUGACAAGACACCAUGUGCAUGCCAGUAUGACAAGACACCAUGUGCAUGCCAGUAUGACAAGACAACAUGUGCACGCCAGUAUGACAAGACAACGUGUGCAUGCCAGUAUGACAAGACAACAUGUGCACGCCAGUAUGACAAGACAACAUGUGCAUGCCAGUAUGACAAGACAACGUGUGCAUGCCAGUAUGACAAGACAACGUGUGCAUGCCAGUAUGACAAGACACCAUGUGCAUGCCAGUAUGACAAGACACCAUGUGCAUGCCAGUAUGACCAGACAACAUGUGCAUGCCAGUAUGACAAGACACCAUGUGCAUGCCAGUAUGACAAGACACCAUGUGCAUGCCAGUAUGACAAGACACCAUGUGCAUGCCAGUAUGACAAGACACCAUGUGCAUGCCAGUAUGACAAGACAACAUGUGCAUGCCAGUAUGACAAGACAACGUGUGCAUGCCAGUAUGACAAGACAACGUGUGCAUGCCAGUAUGACAAGACACCAUGUGCAUGCCAGUAUGACAAGACAACGUGUGCAUGCCAGUAUGACAAGACAACGUGUGCAUGCCAGUAUGACAAGACAACGUGUGCAUGCCAGUAUGACAAGACAACGUGUGCAUGCCAGUAUGACAAGACAACGUGUGCAUGCCAGUAUGACAAGACAACGUGUGCAUGCCAGUAUGACAGGAGAAAGUAUGCAAGCCCCCUCCCCCCACACACACAAAUGAAUCACUAUGCCAACUGA